GCUCAUGACUCCUCUCAGGUCACUCCUGUUUUCUUGCUGCAUACGUCAGAGAGCCGACGAACCCGACAUUAAUCAUGAACAUGAACCGCUCAUACAACCCAUCGACGAGCCCCCUGUUCCGCCUGGCCGUAUCGCCGCCGAUCAAAAGCUGAAGGAAAGGCUCGGAAUCGUAGUAAGCUCGCAGCAAGGAAAGAUGGUCAAUGUGAACGCUCAAUUUCCGUUCAAUCUCCACGGCGGCAAGGUACUUGGCGAUCCAUCCUCAUCACAUUCCACUCGAAGCGUUUCUGGUGGAACACAGGAUAGCUACAGCCGCCGUCCAUCGCGUUCGCCCGGCCCCUCGCUGCAAAAGUCCCAGUCUAGCUUAUCCUUGGCGCACGACGUCCAGGAGUUCUAUCGUGGUCAGGCCAACGAUAGUAUGGACCAAAUCCGACCGGUAUUGAAUGCAAGGCUUAUCAAGGGGGGUCGGUAUGGAUCAACAGGCAGUACUCGAGGUCGUCCGACGCAAACGAGCGGCUUCCUUGGUGCUACGGACCACACCAGGCAGGAGGGAGGUCCUGGGUCGGGAACAGAAUAUGAGGGGAAGCAGGGCAACAAGGAUGGCUUAUCAGGCUUAGCCUCUGAAGACCGGACGCUGCGUGCCUCGGCCACUCAUAUACAGGACUGGUCCACUGCUUCUACCGAUGGUAGCUCGCUGGCCCCACCUCCGGCUGAAGGUUUUACAAUUCAUGACGCUGGCGCCAUAUCGAGGUCGUGGGGAGAUUGAAUGUUCUAAGCCUCUCUUCUGUUUACAAUCAUUUUAUGGACACAAGACUUCUAUCCACAGCAUGCGCUCAUUACCACAUCUCGAAUAUAUUUCUCUAUUGGGUCGUUCAC